AUGUACUAUCGUAUCACCCACAUUUCUGUUGAAUCCUCUUCAACAUUUGCACUGAUGACAGGGCCAAGCCAUAGCGACGACAAAAUAUCAAGCGACGAUGAGCAAGUCUCGGUUCUCGUCGUUGGGGGCGGCCCCACUGGUUUACUCACCGGCUAUGGUCUGGCUCGUUCAGGAAUUGCCUGUGUGCUUGCGGAGAAGAAUCUAGAAAUCACAAAGUGGCCCAAGAUGGAUCUUACCAACUGCAGGUCGAUGGAAAUCCUACGAACGUGGGGUAUCGCCCAGGAGUAUCCAGAUCAAAAGGGUGCAGUGCCAGACGAGUAUCAGUCCGACUCUCAUUUUUACACAAGUAUGAAUGAAGACGGGCUGCUGCUUGCAAAUUGGGCAUUACCCUCGAUGAAAGACUGGCAGGAUGGAAUCCAAGCCAAUAACAAUGGGAGUCAACCAGCCGAAACCGGUCAGCGAUGUUCUCAGAUAAUUUUCGAGACAUGGAUGAAGCGGAAGUGCCUUGAGCAACCGCUGAUUGAUUGUCGAUUUGGCUACGAGUUCCAAUCUCUUGUAGAGAGCGACGGGGAAGUUACCGCAACUUUCACGGAUCAAGCCAAUGACACAAGAGUGAUUCGAAGUCGAAUUUUGGUGAGCCGCGAUGGAGGGCAGAGUCGAGUACGAAAGAGCGCGGGAGUCAAAAUGGUUGGAGGACAAAUAGAUACCUUCACCGCGCACUUAAUGCUGGACAACCCAAACAUCACGGCAACAACCUUAGACCCCCAAGAGGCUAUUUACCGGGUUUUAGGAGGGGCGGCAGGCAAAUAUCCCAUGAAGAUUGGCCAGAUCCUUUUCUGUAACAUAUGGCACCCUAACCUCGCUCUUGCGGAACACUACGUAUCUGAAUCAGGAGCGGUUAUCUUAGCAGGAGAUGCCGCUCACAAGGAUCCACCGCACGGCGGGUACGGUAUGAAUUCUGGCGUCGAAGAUGCCCUUGCCGUUAGCUGGGGAUUAGCCGCCGUUCUCAAGGGUUAUGGAGGCCCAUACCUACUGGCUUCGUACCUAUAUGAACAAAGGUCAACCAUGAUUGACCGCCUAGAGCGUUGCAGGCGCCAUCUUCUGACCGCUGGCACUCCCGCCGGCAUUGCGUUGCGGGAGAAGCUUUCUUCCUACAUUACCACAUCCGGUAGCGAGUGUCGGGAUCGAGGAAUAGAACUGGACUCUCGCUACAAGUCCGCUGCAAUAUAUUCUGACAAUACCGAGGAACCGCCAUAUGAUGUGAAAGCUUACGUCUCUAACGGUCACGUUACCUGGCGUGCCAAUACCAUACCCGAAUCUGCCGAAGCGAGGAAAGAGAUUCUAGCAACCGUGACUGGAUACCAGAUUCAUGAGGAUUAUAACAAGCGAGAGAUGGACGAAGAUAGGACUGCUGUACUUGCGCACGACGACGACGACGACGAUGAUGAUGAUGAUGAUGAUAAAGGCGUCUGA